UGUUGUUACUGUCUCAUGCAUGUGUAUGCAUGUCCAUAUCUCUCCCAUUCUCACUAUGCUGUGCAAAAACAGAACUUCAUUGUGAAGUCAACUAGACGUGUCAAUAAUUAUAAACAAUCUGUAAUUUUGGAAUACAAUGUUGUAACUUGGCAGGGUACAUAUGUGGAGGGAAUCAAAGAAGAGGUGGUUCUUUCACCUGCUCAUGCUCUUUCACUGAUAGCUUCCGGUGAAGAGCAUAGGCAUGUGGGUUCUAAUAACUUCAAUUUGCUCAGCAGUCGGAGCCACACUAUAUUUACCUUGACUAUUGAAAGCAGCCGAAGUGGUGAAAAUCAUGGAGAAGAAGUGACACUGUCCCAACUACAUUUAAUUGACUUGGCAGGAUCUGAAAGUUCUAAAACAGAGACCACUGGGUUGAGGAGAAAAGAAGGUUCAUACAUAAAUAAAAGCUUACUAUCUCUUGGCACUGUGAUAUCUAAACUAACAGAUGGAAAGUCUGCUCAUAUACCAUAUCGAGAUUCAAAGCUGACCCGUCUGUUGCAGUCAUCUCUUAGUGGCCAUGGUCGGGUUUCUCUUAUUUGCACAGUUACACCUGCCUCUAGCAAUACUGAAGAAACACACAACACACUUAAGUUUGCUCAUCGUAGUAAGCAUGUGGAAAUCAAGGCCUCGCAAAAUAAGAUUAUCGAUGAGAAGUCUCUCAUCAAAAAGUACCAGAAGGAAAUAUCUAAUUUAAGAGAAGAACUUCAGCAAUUAAAGCGUGGCAUGAUGGAAAACCAAAAUGUGAUGGCUCCACAGCAAGAAGAUCUAGUUAAUCUGAAACUUCAGUUGGAAGCAGGGCAGGUUAAGUUGCAAUCGAGACUGGAGGAGGAAGAACAAGCCAAAGCAGCUUUAAUGGGAAGGAUUCAGAAAUUAACUAAGCUGAUUUUGGUUUCUACCAAAAAUACGAUACAACCAACCAUCCGUCAAAAGCCUGGCCAUUGGAGGAGGCAUUCAUUUGGGGAAGAUGAGCUAGCCUACUUGCCAGAUAGAAAACGAGAGUACAUGAUUGAUGAUGAUGCUGGAAGUAUCGAUUCUGAAAUUUCAAUGGAUGGAAGGGGCGAUGUCACAAAUCUAGAUGAGUUAGUCAAAGAUUACAAAAGGAACAGCAGGAGAGGGAUGCUUGGCUGGUUCAAAGUAAAAAAGCCCGAUAAUCUUGUCAGUUCAUCACAAAGUGCCGAUUAUGAGAGCUCUGUUAAUGGUUCGCCUGCAUCCUCAUCAAAAUCGUCCCAAAGUAGAGUUGCUUUUAGCGAUAUGAAAGAUGGACAGAGGAAAUCUAUCAGUAGAAGAGUUGACGAUGCCUCUAGAGUUGAUUUUCUUCGUGACAGAACUCAAGCCGGUGAUUUGUUCAGUGCAGCCAUUAAUGGCCGGCGUCUCCCACCAACUGGGACCACCAUCACUGAUCAAAUGGAUCUUUUGCGUGAGCAAAUAAAAAUGUUAGCUGGAGAGUUGGCGCUAUGCACUAGUUCUCUGAAAAGAUUAUCAGAACAAGCAACGAAGAAUCCCGAAGACCAGCAACUUCAGGAAAACAUGCUAAAGCUGAAGGAUGAAAUAAGAGAAAAGAAGCUUCAAAUGAAAGCACUGGAACAACGUAUGCUUGGAUCAGUGGAGAUAUCUCCACAUGCUUCAAGCAGUGCCGAGAUAUAUGAGGCUUUGUCUAGGCUAGCUACUCAACUGAUUGAGAAAACUUUUGAACUUGAGAUUAAAUCAGCAGAUAACAGGGUCCUUCAGGAGCAACUACAAGCGAAGACAUUGGAAAAUGCUGAGAUGCAAGAAACCAUCUUGCUGCUAAGGCAGGAAAUUGAUUCCUUGCUAUUGGAUAAAAGUUCAAGUGCACCUCAAAAUAUUGAUAAUGAUUGGAAACCACCUCCAAGCUGCUCUGAAGAAUCUUUAAUCGUGAAAAGUGGGAGGGAUGAGAUUAAGUCGUGUGAAGAAACAUCUCUUGAAGAUAAUACACGAAGUAGUACUAUGAGCUUAAAUAGGAUAUUCAACGCUGAGGAGGCCAAAGGUUGCAAUACUGAUGCAUUUUUUAAUUCUCAGCUUUUGCAGGCUGCGGAGAUAGAAUCAUUGAAGCAAGAGAAGGCAAAACUUGUGGAAGAGAAGGAGGGACUAGAAAUCCACAGCCAAAAGCUAGCUGAGGAAGCUUCUUAUGCAAAAGAGCUUGCAGCAGCAGCAGCGGUUGAGCUCCGGAGUUUGGCAGAAGAAGUUACAAAGCUUUCAUACCAAAAUGCAAAACUCACUGCUGAGGUGGCUUCGAAAGAGGUUCGCUGUAAAGCAAAUUGCUGUCAGAGGUCAGGUUCAAUCAAUAUGAAGCAAGCUAAAAUCAAUGGUGGUCGAUCUGAUGCACGUGUGAGAAAGCCAGAGGACAGUUUGUCUAUGGAGGAGCUUGAGCAAGAAAGAAAUGCACGAUACCAAAGAGAGGCCUCUUUGGUCAACGCGUUGUCUGAAAGAGAUAAAAUAGAAGUUGAACUGCGAAAGAAACUUGAUGAAGCAAAGAGGCGUGAAGAGAAUUUAGAAAAUGAGCUUGCAAACAUGUGGGUUUUGGUUGCAAAUAUGCGCAAAUCUGUCACUAGCAUUGAGGAGGCCUCAUUUAAGGGGGUCAACGCUUCUAAUAUUUUGGAGAAAAAAAUUAGCGAUGGAUGUUCAUCAUCUGAUGGCCAGUUGAUAACAAAGUUUUACGAGAAUGGGGCAAGUGAAAGUCUAGAAGAAGCAAGUUCACUUGAAGAGUUAGAAGCUUGCUCUAAUUUGGAGAGGAGAUGUAAAGAGCUUGACAAUUUAGUUUUGAGAUUAAAGGGUGAUGAUGUUUCUGGUUUGGAUAUUAAUACUCUUGAAGAGCUGCAAAACUUCCAUAUAGAGGCUAUUACCAAGAUUUGUCAUUCAAAAGCUAACGCACAGUUCUCGAAUCACGUUUUAUAGCAUUUCAGAGAGUUCCAAGAUUUUAGGCUAACGCACAGUUCUCGAAUCAUGUUUUAUAGCAUUUCAGAGAGUUCCAGGAUUUUAGGUAAGCAAUGAUUCCUUUUUCCCUGGCAAAGGGACCCUUCCAGGUCUUUGAAUUGAAUUUUCAGAAUGAAAGAAUUCUUGAUUAAUCCUAUUGAAACCACAAUAAUCAGCCAGCCUGUGGCAAAAAUGUUCCAUUUUCAUAUGUUCUUUUUAGUACACAUGACCCAAAAAAUAUUUUAGCUAUGUUCAUAUAUUUAUAUUUUCCAUUUUUUACUUUAUCUCAACAUGUUGCAUGUUUUAUUGGUAAUACCUUGGUAUUGAACCACCUCUUCUAGAUCUCAAGUUGUUAGAGAGGAAAUAUUAUAUUAAUUUAGUGCUUGUUUGGGAGCAA